CUGACAAGGUUGUGGAGUGCGGAACUGAAUCUCCUGAACUCUCGUUGCCGUCGUUCUUUUUUUGCGGGCGGACAUGGUAGAAUAGAUGGUGUGUGUUGUCGUUCAACAUUUAAUGUAUUAAUUUUUUCAAUAAUAUAUAAAUAUCCUGAAGGCUUUUGAAAGAUGAACCCUCUUCUGACAAAGACGUUGUUUGCAAGAAACGAAAAGGUGUUACAGCAGACUGUCUCUGUAUUGAGACUAGCAGUUUCAAACCCUCGUCCAGUUUUAGGAUGUGUCUUGCAGAGCAGCGAGAGGCAGUAUCGGUCUAUGCCAACCCAUGGUAUUGGCAGGUAUAAAUACCUGCUGCCCAAAGAAGUGCCCAAAAAGAAGAAGGAAAAGCUCCAGGUGAAGGCAAUCAAGACAGGAACAGACACGGAGUAUGGAGUACUGAAUGUGCAAGUGUCCGGCCACGACAUGACCAUCGUUGAGCAUUACUCUCAGUAUGUUCAUAACCUCUGUAACCGGCUGAAGAUUAAAGUGGACGAAAGCUAUGCAUUACCGACAAAAUGCACAGAAGUAAUGCUGCUGCAAGAACAGGGCACCAAGAUGUUUGCCGAUGCUGUUCUCAGUACACAUGAAAGAAUUGUGCAGCUGAGCGGUUUAAGUUCUACUUUGGCUCCAGUCUUUCUGGAGGUCCUUCUGAGGAAUCAGCCAGAGGGAGUACAGCUGUCUAUAAAGGAGCACACUGAGGCUGAUUUCUAUGCCCGGUUCAAGGCUCGUCCAGAACUCGAAGAGUUAAUAGCACAAAUAAACUGAGAAAACAGCCGCUGGAUUCCAUCUGUUAGCUCACCUCUGUGGACUGGCGGGUCAGAGUUCAGCCAUAUAGUCUGACCUUUUGAAGUGGAAGGAGUCCAUACAAUCAAUAUACUUCUUUUCCGGGAUCCAUGUCAUGUCUGUACACAUGUCAGUUAGUUGCAUAUUUAAUAAACGUCAAAUGGGGAAAACAUUA